CUCUUCUUCUCCUCUCUUCCCUUCCUCACUCGCAUGUCAUGUCGACGCGGCUCAACAUUCCAAUUGCCCUUUUCAAUACUUUACAGCCCUUCACCCUCGCUACAUCCCAGCUGCAUGGUCGGGGGUGAUUGACUCCCCCAUUCUUUGGCCCUCCCCGCCCCUCCCUUCCGCAUUCCGCCAGAUACAGUAGCAGUAGCAGCAGUACCACCACUGCCUCUGCAUCAACUGGCCCUCCUGUCACCCCGUUGCGCGCGUCGAUGCCGUCGUCUGCGCCAUCCUUCGCCUGAUAUUCGCAGCUACACUCUUUGAUGAUGGUCCCUCCUGACUGGAUAAGGGCGGUUUUUCUUACCGUCUUGCUCGCCUUCCAGGGAACAGUGUUCGCUCUCCAGCUAGACGUGAACGAUGAGCAAUCCAUCAAGAAUGCCGCCGCGACGACGGCCUACAACAUGAUGAGCUACUACCAUGGCAAUGAAUCGGGUCAAACACCGGGGAAACUUCCCGAUACCUGGUGGGAGGGUGGUGCUAUGUUCAUGACGUUGAUCCAGUACUGGUAUUGGACCGGGGACACUUCUUACAACGAGGUCACCACCCAGGGUAUGCUCUGGCAGAAGGGUGACGAUAACUACUUCCCGGCCAACGAUAGCAACUACCUCGGGAACGACGACCAGGUCUUUUGGGGCCUGGCCGCCAUGACGGCGGCAGAACUCAACUAUCCCGAAGAAGACGGCCAGCCGUCCUGGUUAUCGCUCGCCCAGGGUGUGUUCAAUACCCAGGUCCCACGCUGGGACACCUCCAGCUGCCAGGGCGGCCUGCGCUGGCAGAUAUGGCCCUACCAAGCCGGCUACACCACCAAAAAUGCCAUCUCCAAUGGUGGUCUGUUCCAGCUGGCGGCUCGGCUAGGGCGCUACACCAACAAUGAUACCUAUAUCGACUGGGCGGAGAAGAUCUGGGACUGGAGUGCCACAACCCCGUUGCUGAACACGAACGAAUGGAACAUUGCCGACACGACCACUACCGAGGCACAAUGCAAGGAUCAUGGCGAUAUACAAUGGACGUAUAACUACGGGACGUUUCUCAGUGGGGCCGCAUACAUGUAUAAUCUGACCGACGGUGCAGAUAAAUGGAAGAAAGGCCUGGAUGGCUUGCUCGGGAGUGCCUUUCAAAAGUUCUUCCCCCAGGAAUUCGGCGGCAAUGUAAUGUCCGAGAUCUCCUGCGAACCGAAUAUGAUGUGCGAUCGAAAUCAGGACUGCUUCAAGGGGUUCUUAGCUUCCUGGUUGACCUUUGCCACCACCAUUGCGCCCUACACUGCUGGUGAAAUUAUUCCUAAGAUCCAGCAGUCAGCGCUAGCAGCAUCGAAGCAAUGUUCCGGCGGCAGCUCCGGCACUGGGUGUGGGCGACGGUGGCACCAGGCCCAGUGGGAUGGCGAGACAUCGCUCGAGACAGACAUGAGCGCGCUAAGUGUCUUCUCAUCCAACAUGAUUACGCAUGUAAAUCAAGGCCAAGGGUAUCACGGUCCGCUGACCUCGAACACCGGCGGCACCAGUAAGAGCGACCCCAACGCGGGUACCGCUCCGAAGAGUUCCCCCAAUACGCUAUCCCCCAUCACGACUGGGGAUCGUGCGGGGGCCUCAAUCAUCACCAUCAUGUUUGUCGGCGGUUGGAUCGCUGCAAUUACCUGGCUGGUCUAUGGAGGUUGAGUCGAGACUGUGUUUUCGCAGGGAUGUAAUUUUGUACAUAAGAGGAGCCGACCUAGAUAGCUCUCUGGAUACGGUGAAGCGUGGAUUUUCUCCCAGUUUAUGCCCCAUCUUCGAUCACGGGCGAUACGGGCUCGUGUGAUCCCGGAUCUUUUCGCGGAGUCAUUUAUAACAGGUCAUGUCGGUCAUAACGCUUUAGGGUCAGAGGAGUUGCUUGGAAAUUGGAGUUGAUGGUCAAGGAGCCUGGUUAAAACUUAAGACUGUGAAACAACUCAGAUUCUUUUUGGGGGGGGGUCUGGCCGUGAAUCUGAUGAUUUGUGACACCUAUUGGAUUGGAAGGAGGGCUUGGCCCAGUGAUGGCCUUGG